AUAGCUCCUUUGCAAAUGUCACUUGCUUUUCAACUCAGUCUGAAGUUUGCAGAACCUGGCACGAGUACACAGAAACAAUUACAGUAUUCUUCAGAUGUGAAGAGCAGAACUGUUUGGUUCAUGAAUUUGAGAAAUACAGGAACUCUGAGUGACACAAGCUCUUUAGAUGAGACCACCUAUGAGAGACUGGCUGAAGAAACACUGGACUCCUUAGCAGAUUUUUUUGAGGACCUGACAGAUAAACCUUUUACCCCAGAAGAUUAUGAUGUCUCUUUAGGGAGUGGAGUACUGACAAUUAAAUUGGGUGGAGACAUGGGAACAUAUGUUAUCAAUAAGCAAACACCAAACCGGCAGAUUUGGCUGUCCUCACCCACUAGUGGGCCCAAGCGCUAUGACUGGACUGGACGGAAUUGGGUGUAUUCUCAUGACAGAGUAUCUCUUCAUGAACUACUAUCAAAAGAAUUUUCAACAGCUUUAAAAACUAAAUUGGAUUUGUCCUCCUUAAUAUAUUCUGGGAAAGAAGAUACUUGAUUGUAUUCUACCUCAUGGAAGUUUUAAAGACUUCAACCUCAAGCCAAGCUCUUUCUUGGGCUGAAGUACCUGAGCUUAAUUCUGCUGUUUCUCUUGGUAUCAAUAUGUUGUGCAACAAAAAUGAAAAUAAUAUAUUUUUUCUUUAGUGCUCAGUCUUUGGAUUUCUGUGUGCUGUUUGAAUCUGUGCCCGUGUAGUACUUGUGGCUGAGGUCACCCAUCCUGUCUCUUCAUUUCUUGCUUUCUUUUUGCAGAAGUCAUGCAUUUUUAGUUUCUGUAGACUUGUUUGCAUGUAAGGAGUAACUACCUGGUGACUUCUGAACAACACACAAUCACUGAACUUUUCUUGGUGAAACGUUCACCCAAAAUGAGAAAUACCUGUAAGGUACAUUAACAUAAAUUGUGGUACUGUGAAUGUAUUGCCUCAAAAUUUGUGGCUAUUGGAACACAUCAUAGUCACAUUUAACAUGUCAUAAUGUGUAUAAUGACAGUUUUUUUCUUAGUAUUGCUGACCUUGCUAUUCUCCAAAUUCUAAAUUGUUUCACCUCAGGAUUUAUUUUUAUUUUUGAGAUAAACUUUAAAUUACUUAGACAUUUUUGUGGCUCUGAGUAUGACAUGGAACUGGAAGGGCUAGUAUGUGAAGUUUAAGCUGUACAGCAAUAUCUCUGCAAACAUUUCAUUCUGUUACUGUGCAUUUCUCUUUCUCUACCCUUUUGUUCUUCAAAGAGACAAAAUACUUUUAUUUUUUUUUGAGCUGAGCGAAAUUAAUUCAUGGUAGUGAAAAUCUGCACUGAUUUCAUUGUACUGCAUUUUUUCAGUGGUUUUAAGUGGUGAUCUUGUUAUCACCAUGAUGCAGCAAGGCUCCCCCUGGCACUGUGCUGAUGCAGAAGUUUUUUAGAAUCAAAUAUGGUUCUUAGGCUGAUGAAGCUGUCUUUGUCAGUCUAUUGAAGGAAAUAAACUAUAUACUCCAGACCUGAAAACAAA